AAUUCUUCCAGCAGGCUAACAGCAAGGGAGGAAAUCAUGGCCGGGCCGAACAAAGCACUCGAGUUGCAAAUGCAAAUGCGGCAGAAUGCAGAGGACCUGCAAAGCUUCGUGAGGGAGCUGGAGACCUGGGAGACUGACAUGAAGACCAAAGAUGAGCAGUUGAGGAGAGGGGAGCAGGGGGACGCCAAGCCAAACCUCCCCCCUGUGCGUAACAAGGACUACAAAGCAAAAAUGAGGGCCAAGAAGAAGAUGAAGAUAGCCAACAACAGUGACUCCAGAGCAGAGGAGACCGACACCAAGAAGCCAUCGAGGAUCAAACAGAAUGAUUAUCAAUCGUGGGACAAGUUCGAUGUGGUGAAGGCUUUGGAGGAGGUGGAUAAGGAGGAAAGUCCCACGGAGUCGGACUCCGAGGAAGCUGAUCCGGAGCGAGCUUCAGCAGAGAAGGAAAAGGGGAACGCAUUUUUCAAAGAGGGAAAAUACGACGAUGCCAUCGAGUGUUACUCCAGAGGAAUGGCUGCGGAUCCUUACAAUCCCGUUCUUCCCACGAACCGAGCCACCGCCUUCUUCCGCCUCAAGAAAUAUGCUGUGGCCGAGUCAGACUGCAACCUGGCCAUCGCUUUGGACAGCAACUACUUUAAGGCGUAUGCGCGACGAGGAGCAGCCCGCGUUGCGCUGAAGAACUACGACGCUGCUUUAGAAGAUUACCAAACUGUUCUCAAGCUUGACCCGGGCAACCUGGAAGCACAAAAUGAAGAGAAGAAAAUGAAAGAGAUACUUGGACCUCAGGAGCUGAGUGAGGGAACGUCACCUCAGGCAGAUCCCACAGUAGACCAAGAGCGCCAAAGACUGACAGAAGAGCAUCAAAGACGACAAGAGGCGGUUGUGCAAAAAGACAGGGGUAAUGCGUACUUCAAAGAGGGCAAGUACGACGCUGCCGUGGAGUGCUAUAACCGAGGCGCGGAGGCGGACUGCAUGAACGCGCUGCUGCCCGCCAACAGAGCCAUGGCCUUCCUCAAGCUGGAGAGAUUCAAGGAGGCGGAGGAAGAUUGCACCAAGGCGAUCUCUUUAGACAACACGUACUCCAAGGCAUUCGCGCGCAGAGCCGCCGCCCGAGUGGCCUUGGGGAAGCUGGAGGAUGCCAUGAAAGAUUUUCAGGAGGUUUUGAAGCUGGAGCCAGAGAACAAGCAGGCCCAAAUUGAACUCCAGAAACUCCAAAUGGAUGGCGUUUCCAGCGGCCUCCUUCAAAUGUCCGACGGCUCCCAGAGGAGAACGGUGCAGCCCGUGGACAAAGAGGCUCACCUGCGCUCCACUAAACCAAUGAGGAGGAUCGACAUCGAGGAGAUCAGCGGUAAGGUGACAGUACCGGAUGUGGCGAGGGACCACGAGGGCCAGUCCUCGCCGUCGUCUCCCAGUACGAAGAUGAUCAAGAUCCAGGCGAUACCGGAUGCCCCCUCGCUGCCGUCUGACCAAGCUUCUUCAACCACACGAGCCAAACACGACCAGCCGGAGGAAAGCGUCGUCCCUCCCUCUGAAACAUCACAAAAAGCCCCCCCGAUAAACCUCCCAGCCCCACCCAGCAAAAGUUUCCAGCUCGAAGCCGACCUGCGCAGUAUUGGAAACCAGCCGGAAGUGGUUUACAGAUACUUAAAGCAAAUCAAGCCAGAGUCGUACGCGCGCAUUUUCCAGAGCUCCCUUGAACCUCACAUCCUCAGUCAGAUCCUGCAGACGCUGCGAGAUUUCUACAUCCAGAAUGAAGCUGCGGCCGUCACGGCGGACAUCCUGAAGAAUCUAUCGAGCGUGAGGCGUUUCGACACGGCCGUCAUGUUUAUGUCUUCCUCGGAGAAAAAAGUGCUUAAAGAAGUAUUCGACUUCCUCCACCGAGCGGAUGUGGACGCAUCAUCUGUUGAAUACCUUCACAAAAAGUACUGUGUGUGACCUGUUCAUUCCGGUUGUAGCCUAACGCUGUAUCGUAAGUGAAUUUCCUCCUCUGUGGACCAAAUAAGAGAGCUACAACACAAAGUCAUCCCUGAAUAAAAGUGUAUUUUGUAACUACUUACAUUCUUUCCACACACCUACACAAUCUAAUGAGAACCAGUAUCAUUACAAAUUGGAUUCAAAAUGACAAAAUCUCAUUUAAGAAAAAUAAACCGCAUACUAACGUUCCUAUGUCGGCUCUGGACUUCGUGUUUGGAGUUUGUAUGUUCUUCCCCCGUACUCCGGCUUCAUCCCUUUCCAUUCCAAGAGCAUGGAUGUUAGAUUUAUUGCAGACUAAAUUGUCCGUUGGUGUGAAUUUGAGCAUGAAUGCUUGUUUGUCUAAACUGUAUAUGCGAUCGGUUGGCAACCAGUCUAAGGUGUACCUCGCCUUGAUGCGUAUGUUAAAGUGAUGUUUCCGUAGAGUCUUUUAGAGGCCUGAAGAUCAGUAUCUCCGUAAUUGUGUGUCCUGCAUAAACAAAGGAACUGUCACGUGGGUUCAUGUUUUGGGUUCGGACGUUUGAACGGGACGGUCGUCCUCGCUUACGUUUCCACUGGUCGAGCGUCAGGUCCGUGUUGUCUAUGGUUCGGUCAUACGGCUGCGCCUCGGUCUCCUCCUCCGUGUCGCGGAAGUCGGCGAAGAAGGGAAAGUCCAGGGCCUCCGAGGCGCUGACCCGCUCCUCGGGAUCCAGGAGCAGCAUCUUUUCCAACACGCACACAGCUGCGACGCAGGAAGACAACAAUGUGACGGGUGUAGAAUUGGGUGCACUGACCGUUGGUGAGCUUCUUGCAUACCGUGUGAGCUCGCUUUGGAGAAAAUGGAGUGCAAGUCCUUUUUGGGUACUUUUGACAAACCCCGAAGGUAGUUUUUGGCCUGUCAGGGGAAACAACAGACAGGAAAUCCUCAAUUCAAUGUGGUUCAUGUACAGUAUAUGGAAUUAAGUAU